AGCAACAAACGUCAGUCGCGCUAUGCCACGCAUCAAGAGAUCACCGCCUACAUAACUUGACGUUUUUCGGAACGCUCCUUUUGAAAAUCGAACGCAUUUGAAUGAAAAAGGCGCGAAAGUAGAAUGUGUCAUUUACUUUUCUUUUUUGACGGCCAGUAAUACUUUGUUUUUAAUUUGUGUUUCGGUUUGGAUUAUUUGUUUUGAUGCCUGAAAAUGAUAUUGACACAAGGAUUUGAUGUUUUUGUUACAAUUCUCGUAAUUGUUUCAUCGAACGUAUGCACGGCGUGUUUCAUAGGCAGCGAAUACGAAAAGUACACCGGCACGACCGGUUCCACGUAUGUCAAGAACUGCGAAUGCAAAGAAGUCGGGUACUCGGUGAAGCAUCUGACAUGGCUGGACCCAGAAGGCAACAUAAUCAAUGGACCAGAUUCGAGCAAUCCCAACAUUUACACGGAGGUCCAAGAGCACGACGGCACGGGUAUACUCAGUCUCGUGGUGAGGAGUAUCAGCAAGUCGAUGGCGGGCAACUACACCUGCCAGACCAACUUCGAAGGGAACACGUAUAGCCAGACGCAUAAUAUUGAGGCUUAUGACAGCCCGUAUUUCGUGAACACGACUGAAGAUCAGAAUAUAAUAAUCGGAGAAGACACAAUAGUUAGGUGCGAAGUGCGAGGAAUAGCGGAUUACGAGAUAGUCUGGUACCGAAUCACGGAUCGAGCUGAUGUGCUUUUAGGUAACGACAUAAAGUACAAUAUACUGCCUGAACGCGGCCUAAUGAUCAGAAAUGUUAGUAAAGAGGACGCUGGAUACUACAACUGCACAGUGAACAACAUUAUUACUGGGGAUUCUGUAGCAUUACGUAUAAAUGUACAGGCUGCAGCAAGACCAGUGAUUUACGAACCGAAGUUUAACGUCCCACCAGAGACCAUAGUUGUCGGCAGCUCAGUGGUGGUGGAGUGCCUUGCGGAAGCCAUACCCUACCCCGAGUAUACCUGGACCAAGAUUACUGAUGAGUACGGAAACCAACUGGAAGAAGCAAAUUCGACAUGGACGCCAAUGGUUAAUACAAUAAAAUUUGACAACAUACAAAAAGAAGAUGCAGGAACAUACGUAUGCACCGCUGCUAACUCUGUUGAUACUGCAACUAUAAAAGUUGUCAUUAAUGUCAAAGUGCCGCCAGUGAUAACCUCCCUAGAAAACGCGACCGUAGUGGAAGGCAGCGUCGCACAGAUUGCCUGCAAGGCCACCGGAGUUCCAGUCCCUGUACUACUCAUAGAGACCAGUGUGGAUGGACUGGAGACAGAUCCAAGGGUAUCAACAGCGGUCUUACAUCCGACACCGGACACGUCGGAGCUAUAUUUGACGAUUAUGAAUGUCACCAGAGACUGCGAGGGCGUUUUCAGAUGCAGUGCAGCUAAUGAAGUCAACAACGUAACCCAGGAAAUGUACUUGACCGUCCUCUACGCGCCAUAUUUCCCCAUACAAAACGAGACUGUCUGGGGAUGGCAGAAUCAUACGGUCAACAUGAGCUGCGUGCACACAAGCAACCCGCCGUCGACAAUAGUAUGGAAAUACCUUGGCAACGAAGGACGUGAAACAACAACAGCUGAACAUGAUGAAGUCAAUAAAAGGCUACAGGAACUGAGUGAUGGGAGUCCAGAUCAGUACUUAGCCUUGCAAAUCGAUGACGCGAAUAAGUAUGGGGAGUAUGAGUGCUCAGCUGUCAAUGCUUAUGGAAACUCUACUAAGAAAAUAUACUUGCGAGAAGCAUUCAAGCCGAUGGCUAUUAAAAAUGCAACGCCCAUAGCCAGUACAGCAACCUCCAUAACCUUCCACAUCCAAGGCCCAGAGGCCAUCGACAACGCUCCGAUCCGGGGCUAUGUUGCCGAAUACGAUCUGGUCGAGAACUACGCCAUCAUCAGCCACCAUAACAUCAGCUACUGCGGGAUCGAGAGGAACUUCACCAUAGACCGCCUGAAGCCUAACAGGACGUAUUCGAUCAGGUUCGCGGCCCAGAAUGCGGUUGGCGAUGGGGAGUGGUCGGCGCCUAUGGAAUUCACGACGCCUGAAUCUUCCGUGCCCGAACCGCCGACGGAGGUGUGGGGUCAUCAAGGCAAACUCAAGUGGAAGGCGCCGGAGUCUAACGGCGAGCCCAUCGACCAUUACAACGUAGAGUUCUGUCCGUUUGACGGCAAAGUCGUCAACCGCUCGCUCUGCCAGCAAGACAACGUGUCAGACACGACAUUCCCUCUGGAGAAGUUGGAGAGGAACGCUAAAUACAACUUCAGUAUAAGGGCACAUAAUGCACAGGGCUACUCGGGAUAUACUUAUAAGGAGAUCAAAACGCCAGCUAAAAUAUUCGGCGAAGGCCUUCUCUCAGCGGGCGCCGUCAUCGGCAUAUCAGUGGUGGCUGUCUUCCUCUGCCUGCUUGUACUAGAUCUGCUGCUGCUAUGCUGGAGGAAGCAGGGCAUCAUCGCUAGCUGCUUCUUAAGGAAAAAUAAGAAGAAAACGGAUAAUAUCAACUCACGAGACAAGAAAGGUCUGCUAGUGACCGAAGGCGAGCGAACCGACGACCGACCCAACAACGGCGGCCACAGAGAACUGGUGUACAACAAGACAACUGGCGUCAUCACAGGGAAACACUCCUCAGUGUAGUUAUUAUAAACCACCGAUAUCGUGCUCGAACAAUUUCAAAUCUUUAUAGGGAACGAGCUAUAGAGGUCAGCACUGAUAUCAACUAUACUCUGUACUUUUAGGACUUUAAAAGAACGUAAUUAAUGUAAUUCGAGCUAAUAUGUCCGAUUUCUUAUAUUUUGAUGAAGCUUAGAUUACAAACGUGUAAGAUUACCUUAGUUUAAGGUACAGCAGGGCAAAUUUCGACUGGCGGCGCAAACGUAGUCCAGUUUUUACAAUGUAUUAAUAAAUAGAGUGUCCACCGGUUAUAUAUGGUAGGCGUGUUCAGUGGAUACAUGUAGAACUCAACAUCAUAGUAUAAUAAUGGACUGGACACACUGGAUCAGUUACAAUUGUCCCCCAGUCGAGAUUUGUCCCACUGUACCUGUAGGCUUAAACAAAGAAUUUGUAGUUUUUCGUGUGUACUGGACGGGACCAGCCAAAUAUCAUGCAGAUCUGACAACUGAUCAACCUGUCUUUUACUUUCUUAUUUGGUGGUGUAAUGUUUUCAUUUACCCUAAAGUAGCUUAAGGCAGGCC